UCAAUAUGCAUAAAACUUCAUUAAAAAUGUACGUGCUUAUAGAAUGCGUUAAAAAUUUCAUUUAAAAUUACACGUAAAAGUGUUUUUUAAAUUUUAAUCUAUAAAAAUAUAAGCUUUGUUAGAUUACAAUUAAAACACUGAUUAAAUGAAUGAAUACAUCGCAUUUAAAAUACUCAAAUGAAUAUAAUAAAUAAUAUUUCGUUAUAAUAUGUCGUUAUAUAAAAAUAAACCAGUAGUUUUACUUGUUACGUUUGUUUUUCGCGCGUAAUGAAUCGAACGAGAGAUCGAGAGUUCGAAUGCAGUCGACGUGUUGCAGUGCGAGCAGUCGCAAUUGUCUGCCAUCAAAGGAAGGGUGGCGAUAUAUUUGUUCAUUGCACCAGUUAAUGUAUACGUAUUUUUUUUAUUAGUUCGCGGUAUUAAUAGCAGAGUAUACGGAUUCUCAGAAUCACGUGAUUCAAAAAAUCGACGAACUCUCACGAGUGAAUACACCGGAAAGAACAAAGCCCAAAUACGAAGAUGUGCGGCGGCUUUACGUGCUCCAAAAAUGCAUUGACGGCCCUAAACAUCCUUUACAUUGUUGUUGCAUUUAUUUUAAUUGGUGUAGCUGUUUAUGGAAGAGCUUCUGCUUUAGUUACAAAUCUUCCUAUAAUUGGAGGAAUUUUAGCAUGCGGUGUGAUCCUAAUUCUAAUUUCUAUACUUGGUCUCAUUGGUGCUGUAAAACACCAUCAAGUUCUAUUGUUCUUUUACAUGCUUAUCUUGUUCCUUCUGUUCUUGAUUCAGUUUAGCAUUGCUUGUGCUUGUCUUGCUGUUAAUACCAAACAACAAGAACAGUUAGCAGAACAGGGCUGGAGACACGUUGAAGAUGAUUUAAGAGAAAAGGUUGAGACUACUUUCAAUUGUUGCGGGUUUAAUGAUACUGUCAGCGUAGUUUUAAAUGAUAAAGAACCAGUAUCUUGCAAAAAUAAACGUUGCUGCCAAUACCCUACUGAUACUGAAUGUGAAUGUCCAUCAUGUAUGCAGAAAUUACAAUCCACAAUUGAUUAUGCUUUUAAAUUAUGCGGCAGCAUAGGAUUAUUCUUCAGCUUUACAGAGGUGAUCGCAGCUUUCUUGGCAAGACGGUACAGAAAUCAAUUAAAACCACAUGAAAGCCGUUUUUUCUUAGCAUAAUUAUUUUUAUCGAGAUAAUUAAUACACUUUACAGAUAAAAAUACUUUUUUUUUUAUACUGAAGUGCUAUAACGAAAAAUAUGAACGAAUUACUCGACUCCAAUUUUUAUUCGUGUUUAGUUAGGAAUCAAAGAAUUAAUUUCUUUUUUCCACAGUACAAACAUCACAUUGCAUAUAACACAAUUCUCAAGGAACUGUUUGUCUUUCACUGCAGUUUAUAAUGCUCAACCGGGAAUGGAUACAAUGCAUUUGAAAAGUGGACAGUCAUAGAUUUUAGAACGCAUUAGACAAACGAUAGUUAAAAUGUGUGCUCUAGUCAUCCAUUUAGAACAAUUGUACUAAGCCUCAAUGCGCCUUGUAGUUUAAUACCUAGAUACAUUUAUGCAAGCGCGUUUCUGCGAAAUUGAGUUUCUUCAUUUGCCAAUUUUUUUUUUUACAAUGUGACCUUUACCCGCCAUUUUUUACCCUAUAACCUUAUACUUAAAAAAAAAAUUCUAAAUUUGUAAAAAAUAUGAGAUUUUUAGUUAAUUAAUUUUUUUUCUUGAAUAAAAUCUUUUAUGCUUUAAAUUCGAACAAUAUUUAAACUAAUUGAAUCAGUAUCUUUUGAAAAUCCUUCGAUACAAGGUAUACAUUGUAUACGUAUUUUUAAAACAGAUUUCCUUUUAAUUAAACUUCAAUCAAACAAAUCUUCAUCAAAUUACUUUAAUCAGAAAGAAUAAUUUCACUAAGAAUUAUAAGAUAUUAAUAGUGUUUCGCUAUUGAAUCAAAUAUAUUGCAAAAAAGAAAUUAAAUAUGGCAUGAUAAUUAAGACAAGAAUCUUUCAUCUUGAAAUAUUAUCAUACUACUGCCAUAUAUAUUAAAAUAACAUCUAUUUCCUGUAAUUUUCGUUAUUUUUUUCAUUAUAGUUUGUUAGAUGUGUAUUUGAGCUUUACAUGAGGUACGUUAAAAAUAUUCUAUUGAAUCUUUCAAAUUAUUCAACCUUCAAUUAUUAUUAUUAAAUAAUAAUAAUAAUCUUUUAAUAGUUAUACUUCCAGAUAUAUUAGAAUUUUCAUUGUUUAUGUAAGUUCAUUUAUAAAAAAGAUUCAUAAUUAUACUUCAUGCUUGAAAUACAUAUUACUGGUAUAUUAUAAAUUAAGCAUUUUAAUCAAAUAUGCAUUUCAAUCUUGUGCACUGAAACUGCACGCUUCGUACGAUUGUACGAAAAUUCUAAUUCACCAAAUAUUACCAUUUAAAUAUUACUUUACAUUCAGAUUAGUACUUCAAUAUUAAUUACUUUUUCCAGUUUUUAUACCUUUUUAUUUUCAUCAAAAAUAUAUACUAUAAACACUUGAUAAAAAUCAUAUCUGUAAUUCACAGCAUCUUUGUGCAUAUUAUGCAACACAAUAAAAAACAGAAUUCAGUAUGUUAUGUAUUUUAAACCAAAGAAAUGAUAUCGAACUCAAUAAUAUUUCGAAAAUUAGAAAAAGAAUUCAAAGGACUGUAACAAGAGUAUAACUUUUACCCAAUCAGAGAUUUGAAUAUAUCAAGAAUAACAUUAAUUGUAAUGAUAAAAGUAAAAUACAAUUUAAGAUAAAUGCGUGUUUUAGUACAUAACAUAUUAAUACAUUCCUAUAUGUAUAUACAGGGUGUUUCAUUCAACUGAGUCAAGCUAUUGCUUUCAAAUGGUAUAGGAUAGAAAAAUUAAAUGGUGUCGAAUAGAACAUCGUGUGAUGCAUAUGAUAGCACUGAAAGUGGGGGUGUUCUAAAAAUUUCGAGGUCAUCUUAAUUUUUUAAAAUGGAAUUGUGUAUUGUGCUAUACAUCAAUGGAAGCGUAUUUUAAUUCUCUAUAAAAAAGUAUAAAGACAUUUGGGUCGAAAAUUGAUUACUUCAAAAGCUAUCUUAGGAAAAGACAAAGAAAAGUCUCUUUUUUGAUGUAUCGCAAUAUAAUAUUCAAUAUAUUCGAAAGUAUACACUCCACUUCCGGUGCAGACACACGCGUCACUUGAUGCUUCAUUCGACAUCAUUUAAUUUUUUCUAAACAUAUUUCAUUCUAUCUUAUAUCAUUUUAGAAUUAUAACCUGACCCAGUAGGACAGAACAACUUGUAUAAUUAAUGAAUAUCUGCAUAUUAUUAAAUAUAGGUAUAUUUCAGAUGAUAUAGCAAUAGUAAAAAGGUAUUUCUUUUAAAAUAGAUCCAUCUUACACUUAAUAUAAUGUAAACGAAUUAACUAAGAAAUUAGUUCGAAAUUAUUUACAAUUUCCGUAUAGUAAUCACUUUGCGUUUCAAUUUUAAAUGUAAAAAGCAGUGAUGCUUUUAAAUAGUCUUGAUCAUUCCAUAUAACUAUUUUACAAUUAUUAGAAAUAUUUGUAAAAUUUAGAUAAUUAUUUACAAAUGUUUGUAGUGUUAUUUUAUAUUAGUAUUUUAAAUAUUGUUUUGUAUUAAUAAUAUGUUAUGUGGUUCUGUAAUUUGGUUUCUUUGAACAAAUAUAUAUAAUAUAUCGCAUAGUAAAAUUA